UGAGAAUCGAGCUUAAUCUUUUAUCUUUCACACUUCUCUCUCUAUUACUCUUUAAACAAAGCACCUGCGUAUGAAUUUCAAACGUUGCGUUGUUUAAAUUGUAUUCGUUUGAUUUCGAGGGAAUUUUUUGUAGAAAUCAGGAUAACAGUGCAUUGAGUUUUAUUGGUAAAAUUUUAACGAUUGUUAGAAUUUUCGUUAAAAACAUAAGAUGGAAGGCUCAGAUGUGUUGCAUGUGGAAAUUUGUCAAAAUAUUUGCAGCACUUUGUCAAAGGAAGAAGUAGAGAAAUUAACGUAUGCGGAAAUAAAUGCAUUGGAAAAUGUUACACUGGGAACUGCUAUGUAUGAACAAGAUUUUACAAACUGUACUCUAAAAAAUCACGUGGACUCUAUAAUAUGUUCUACAAACCAUGUAGAGAGGACUCAUAUGAAAAUACAAGGUGUUACUUUAAAGUUUCACGUCUAUAGAUUAAAUGAAGAGAAUGCAGCAACAGAAACAAUAGGAGAUGAUUCCGAAGAGUUAACAGCAUCUUCUCAUUGGAUUCUACCUGCGAAAGAAUUUCAUUUUCUAUGGGAGAAUCUCUACUUUGAUUCGACUAUAAAGGAAGAUUUAUUACAGUUUGUGAAGACGACAAUGAUAUUUUCAGAUCAUAAAGUUAACUCCAAUAUUAUAAGUUGCAACAAAGUAGUAUUAUUACAUGGGCCACCAGGUACUGGUAAAACUAGCCUGUGCAAAGCUCUUGCACAAAAAGUAGCUAUACGUUUAGGAAAUCGAUUUACGUACACUGAAUUUGUUGAAAUAAAUAGUCAUAGUCUUUUUUCAAAGUGGUUUUCUGAGAGUGGAAAACUGGUUAUGAAGCUAUUCAAUAAAAUAAGGAGUAUGCUUGAAAAUUCAGAUACAUUAGUAUGUAUUUUAAUUGAUGAAGUAGAAUCGCUGGCACAUGCUCGUAAAUCGUGCAGUAAUGGAGUAGAACCAACUGAUUCCAUAAGGGUAGUGAAUGCUUUACUAACACAGUUGGAUCAAAUAAAAAAAUAUCCGAACGUUUUAAUUCUGACUACCAGCAACCUCUCAGAAGCUAUUGAUUUAGCGUUUGUUGAUAGAGCAGACAUAAAGCAAUAUAUUGGACAUCCUACUCAACAAGCUAUACAUAAAAUUUAUGCGACUUGUCUCAAAGAAUUAAUGAGGGUCAAACUCAUGGAAGUAGAAGAGAUCUUUGAUAUAUCUUAUUUAAAGAGGAUUGGCUACGAAGAGAACUCGAGUACAAAGAACAGCCUCAAAUUAAUGGAUCUAAGUAAAGAAAGUGUUGGUUUGAGCGGCCGUGUCUUAAGAAAAGUUCCAUUUAUAGCUCACGCGUUUUACUUGCGGACUAAACGAUGCACUUUAACUAAAUUUUUAAGAGCUAUGCAUCUAGCAGUUAAAAGACAAAAAGAGGGGCCUGAGGAAGUUGUUCAAGUGUUCCAAAAUUUGGACAUUUAAAUUCUGUGUGCAUCAUACAGUUUCAUCGUACUUUCAGUAUUACAUUGUCAUCGCUUAGUUAGGUUUUACAUAAUAUUUGAUACAAUUUUAUAUUUAUUUUAUUGUAUUUUCAUUAUCUCUUUUAUAGCAUAAUGCGUAUGAAAACUGAGCAACAUUGUUCUACCGCAUUGCAGUUUAAGGAUUGUACAUUUCAAGUCAAUAGUAUUGCACCAGGUAAAUUAAACUAUUGUACUUUUGUAAAAAAAUUUAUACGUGCAUAUAAUGAAAAAUACAAAAAUUGUA